AUGCACCACACGACUUCUACUGGGGUCUCCGUAGUGGACAUCUUCUUCCCUGGCUUUACCGGCGCCAUGGCGGCGCUGAACCAGCUUCUCAACGAAACGCUGAACAACUUUGCCACAAUUUUAACCGACGUUCACGAUCCUGACGAAGGAUACGAUAUGCUCGAAUGCUGGGUCUCUUCCCAAGACUUUGCCAAAAACGCUCGUUCAUCCCUUGUCAGCGUCGACAGCAGGCGAGGACGAGCCUUGUUCCGUCCAGACUAUGACACUACGACCAAGAAGCCCCUUCGAUUUACCCCGUGGAGAGACCGAUUGUAUUUUUGGUAUAAAGGGCAUCUGCUCUUUCUGCAAUGCACGCAAAACGAAGUGGCGUUAUUUCCUCGCAAGACAAUGACUGUUUCUUGUGUUGGCGGUUCCUCCCAAAUCCUGCGAGAUCUCAUGGGUGAAUGCCGCCUUGAAUACCUGAAAAUUUCAGAAGACAAAACUUCAAUUUUCGAGCACCAUAAUAAUGGCUGGAAAAGAAUCAUGACUCGAGAAAUCAGGCCGAUCGAAACCGUCAUUAUGAAGGAAGAACUGAAGCAAACGCUCAUAGACGACAUUAGCACCUUUCUUGACCCCAACGCUCGGUCCUGGUACGUCAGUCGUGGGCAGCCGUACCGGAGGGGCUACCUGUUGUACGGCCGCCCUGGGACCGGGAAGUCAAGCUUCAGUAUGUCUAUUGCCGGCUGCUUCGGUCUCGAUAUCUAUGUCGUUAGUCUUGCCGGCAUCGACGAUAUGCGGCUUAGUGCCUUAUUCGCCGACCUUCCCCAGCGCUGCGUCGUUCUGCUCGAGGACGUCGACG